AUGGCAGGUCCCGUAGCUCAGGCGGCAAAGAACAAGGCUCGUCAGAUCUUCAUGAAGAACUGGUACUCCCCUGAAGUUCUUCCCAUCUACGUUAUCACUGGUCUUGCUGCUGGUGGUGCGACCUGGUACUUGACUCGUCUUGCACGUGGACCCGACGUCAUCUGGGACCGCACCAACAACCCUACCCCUUGGAACAAUGUCGAACCGGGUACCAACACCAAAUUGAUGUCCGUCAACCAGCAGUUCGACAAACAGUACAAGCGUGACCGUCUCUGA